AUGUCUGCAUCAUUGAAGGAGAGAAAAGAGCAUUUUGUAACGGGACUUACAGGAGGUUCAACUAUGGACAUAUAUGGAGUGACGUCUGUAUCAAUUGUAUCUUAUUUGGUGUGGUCCAUCCUAAAAAGAAAAACAUCUGUCUUCAGCGAUUCAAAUGAUGUUCAGGCGAUUGUUCUUGAAUUUUUUAUUAACUGGGUGCUCCUUUUGCUUUCCGUUACAUGCUACUGUGACAAUGUUGGCACAUUAAUCACUGCUUCAAUAGCACCACUUUUUUUAGUAGUGUUCAAGAGGACGAAAGACUCGAAUGAGAAAGAAAUCAAAAUAAACGUGAACACCUUAUCAUCCAAACAGUUCACACCGUUCAUAACCUACGUGACUGUCUAUCGAGCACAAAUGAUGAUAAUCACUUGUAUCUGUAUUUUGUCAGUUGAUUUUCACGUGUUUCCCAGGAGAUUUGCCAAAGUUGAAACAUGGGGCACUAGCCUGAUGGAUCUUGGGGUUGGCUCUUUCGUAUUUUCAAUGGGUCUCGUGAGUGCGAAACAAACUAUUAAGCAAAGAUUUGACUCAAACUACAGUUACGUCAAUAAUUUGAUCAAUUCGAUCAGAAAUAGCAUACCCAUACUUAUUUUGGGUGUGAUAAGGUUGACAAGCGUUAAGGUACUUGAUUACCAAGAGCACAUCACUGAAUAUGGAAAACACUGGAAUUUCUUCUUUACGCUGAGUUUUCUUCCACUAGUGGCAAACACUUUUGCACCAAUUAUUGAUAUCCUAUCGCCAAUUGUGACAGGGUUUUUAAUUUUGCUAGUAUACGAAACUGUUUUGACAAGAUUUGGCUUUGUGGAAUACAUUCUCAAUUCCCAGCGAGAGGGAUUAGUUGGCAUGAACAAAGAGGGACUUUUCUCUUUAGCGGGGUACCUUGCAAUAUACUUGAAUGGGAUGUCUCUUGGAUAUACCAUAUUACCUCUUUUCCCUACCCGUAACAAUCUGUUGAGAGUUAAUGGGUCCAAAGACGAGUGCCUGAGAAAUAGAAGCGGCCAGGUAUUCACCGUUUCACCAAUAAAAGGGUUAUUCAUUUUGGCAACUCUAUUUCAUGCCCUGUAUUACAUAUUGGACACAUGCUAUAUUUAUGGAGUUUCUCGAAGAAUGGCAAAUUCCCUAUAUGUCAUUUGGGUUUCUGCUUACAAUUAUACGUUCUUAUUUGGCUACAAGCUUGUGGAGAAUCUUGUUUGGGGAGAACCCCAAUACGCAUUAACAAACAGCGGAGCCAAAAGUACUGUAAUCAAUGAUUAUCGUGAUAAGGACUGUGUUCCGGUGGGCCUACGCGCAGUAAAUUACAAUGGUCUGACUAUAUUUAUACUGGCGAACGUGCUUACGGGUCUUGUGAAUUUGACCUUUAACACAAUUGACAUGAGUGAUACCAUUGCCGUCAUUAUAUUAGUCGCAUAUUGCGCCGUACUCUCCACAGUUGCAUUUUUAUUGUACACUAGAAGGAUACACGUGAGGUAG